GGGCGCCACCUCUUCUUCUACAGUCGUUUCGUUCAACUUCAAAGUGCCGCCACCGACGCAGAGCCAUUCAUGGCGGGCACGUUUCGAUUGAGCAGCCACUGCCCGACGGCUAAACCGCCGCCUUCCACGGCUAAGCUUACUGAGCCCAUUCUCGUGAAUGACAACUGAUGAACCACCUGCAGAAGCUCAGAGCAAGGGCUGUCCUCAAAUGGGUUUCCUCUAGUUUUAUCGAAAACCAGUACCAAUCGCUCAAUCUCCCCCUAUUCCGAGCUGGGUUCUUGCCCAGCUGCCAAAACCCUAGAUUUUACAGAACGGAGAAGACUCUUCUCGAUGAAAGUUCGGGUGCUGGCAAAAUCUCGGCUACUGUUCUUCGAAAGGCGCAGUCCGCAUUUUCCGACUAUCUCCACUCCACUAGGAGCCUCCAGUAUGCAGCAGCUGAGAGCAUCAGCAGGAACUCGCCCCGCUUCCUAUCGGAGCUUCUUGAGAAGAUUGAGCUCGAUGAUGAUAUCCAGCGGUCUCUCGCUCGGUUCCUGCGGUACCAUCCAAUUAAUGAGUUUGAGCCUUUCUUUGAGAGCAUUGGUCUUAAACCCUCCGAGUAUGCCCCACUCCUCCCUCGGAAUUUGAUGUUCUUGGACGAUUGUGAUCGGUUGCUGACAAAUUAUCUCGUGCUUUGUAAUUAUGGGAUUGAGCAUUGUAAGAUUGGAAGGAUUUAUAAGGACGCAAAGGAGAUCUUUGAGUAUGAUCAUGGGGCGUUACUGUCAAAGAUUCGAGCUUAUGAGAAUCUUGGGAUCAGUCAGCAUGUGAUAGUUAAGGCCAUUGUUUGCAGUCCCCAACUCUUGAUUGGCGAUAUGAAAACAGAGUUUGUGGACGUACUGGAGAGGUUUCGGGUUCUCGGGUUCGAGCAGAGUUGGGUUGAGAAGCUGCUUUGUGAGGAUGGUGUUUAUAGAUGGAGUCAGAUUCUGGAGCUUCUGUGCGUAUUUACCCGAAUGGGUUUUACGAAUGAGCAGUUAAAUGCACUGGUUAGGAGGAAUCCUGGGAUUCUCUUUGAGGAUUCAGGGGCUCAGACGUUUUCCAUCAUUGAAUUACUAAUCAAAUUUGGUUCGGAAAGGGACACGAUACAGUCUGUCUUUCUUGAAUUCCCACAAAUCAGUGUGGAGAAAUUUCUCUCAAACUUGAGGCAGUGUUUCAUGUUCUUGACUGAGAUAGAGAUGGAGACGGUGGAGAUAGGUAGGAUCAUCCGAACUGAAGCCCGGCUACUGGGAUCGUCCACCUUGAAAAAGGCUAACAGCUUGCUUGCAAACUUGAAUGUGGGGAAGAGACGCCUUCGAGACAUAGUUAAGCAAAACCCAAAAGAAAUGGGGAACUGGGUCAUGGGCAUGAGAGUCAGGCCCGUGGCAGGAUUGAAAGAUGAUGAGAUGUCGCUGCUCGAGAAGAAAAAGUUUCUCUCGGGCCUUGGGUUCAUGAAGGAGUCCAAGAACAUGGAGAGGGCGAUCAAAUCUUUCCGCGGAAAAGGAUACGAACUACAGGAGAGGUUCGAUUGCAUCGUCAAUGCAGGGUUAAGUGAGAAUGAUGUUUGUGAAAUGGUGCGAGUUUCGCCUCAGAUUCUCAACCAGACUAAGGAUGUCAUUGAGAUGAAGAUUGAUUUUCUUGUGAACGAAGUCAAAUACCCAAUAUCGAGCCUAAGGAGGUUCCCAUCCUAUCUCUCAUUUAAAACGGACAGGAUCAAGGUUAGGCUUUUGAUGUUCAAGUGGUUGUCAGAUAAAGGGUUGGCUGAUCCUCUUCUAGCGCUGAGCACCAUUAUUGCUUGCUCGGAUGGGGCUUUUGAAAAAUACUACGUGAAGCGGCAUCCCGAUGGGCUCAAGGUUUGGCACAAUCUGAGGGAAAGUUUUGUGAGUGAGUCGAGUUACGCAGUUUCUCAAUAGUUAUUGACGUUGAUUGGGGAUUCAUCCUCUGCAGCUCUCUUCGAACUGCACUCAAUGAAGUUGGUUGCCGAUAGCAGAACAGAUAUUCUUUUACACAAAACAGUCUUACUGUCAUAGAUAAUGAAAUUUCUUGAACCAGUGGAUGAACGAUCACUUGGUUUUCGGCCCUUAACUACACUGAACUGCAGGAGGAUCGCAGAGGAUCUUCCUUCUUGUUGUUCUAAUAUCCGGAAAAAGAGAAGAAGGUUCCGGCCAUGCCGUUAACAUUGCUUUGAUCGAAAAACAUCAUUGUAUGAGCUCUUGUUUUUUAAAGUUCCUUCAAUUUUGGAUUCCUCCUGGUUUCAUUCAGUCCUGCUGUCUAAGAAGUUGCAGCAGCCUUUGCUCUUUA